AUGGAUCCAGACGCAUUGGCAAAGGCAUUUGUGGAGCACUACUACACCACCUUCGACAACAACCGUGCCGGACUUGCCACUCUUUACCAAGAUGGAUCCAUGCUUACCUUCGAAGGUCAGAAGAUUCUAGGUUCCCCCAACAUCGUCGCCAAGCUCACUUCUCUCCCUUUCCAGCAGUGCCACCACUCCAUCACCACCGUCGAUUGCCAACCAUCCACUGUCAACACCGGCAUGCUUGUCUUCGUCAGCGGUAACCUUCAACUCGGCGGUGAACAACACGCUCUCAAAUUCAGUCAGAUGUUCCAUUUGAUACCAACACAGCAAGGAAGCUAUUAUGUGCUGAAUGACAUAUUCCGUUUGAACUAUGCUUGA